AUGAAAUUCUUCGAAAACAAAUUCACCUAUGACUACUCUUUCCCUGCCGUCUCUCUCGCCUACUUCCUUCGCUACCCAAACCCCUACUCCCGCCAUGUCCUCACUACCGACGUGAUUGAUCGCUACGUCGAUCCCAACACCCAACGUCUGCAUACCACUCGCCUCCAUCUGAAAAAGUCCAAGGUUCCCGCCGGAAUUCUCAAACUACUCCCCAAGGGAAUGGGCGGCUCCGAUAACUCCGGCCAGAGCUACAUCCUUGAGACCACCGUCGUUGAUCCUCACGAGGGCUGGAUGGAAACCGAAUCACGCAACAUGGAAUGGACGGGUAUCCUCAGCGUCGUGGAGAAACAGCGAUACCAACGGCUCCAGGCCGAGAAUGAGGUUCGCGCUCUUGACGGUCUCUCUAUCGAUCAGCGAGCCGAACAGACCACGGUCCGCACCACUGUGACAUUCAAGUCUCGACUUGGACAGGGCAAAUUGCUUGGCAGGAAAAAGACGGACCCAAAUGAAGCGGAGGAAGAUGUUCCCAAAAAAGGAUUCUUCUCCUCUCUGUCUACUGCUGGUAUCCAGAGAACCAUUGAGCUGAUCGGCGUGAGUCGCACCCGGGACGCCGUGCUGAAGAGCAAGGAAGGAAUGAAUGUUGUGCUCGAACGUCUUCGCAGUGGCGGCAUUGUUGCUGUUCUGGAAGGUAUGCGGCGAGAUCGUGAGGCAUUGGGGCUCGACAAAGCCUUGGCUCGUGUGUAG